GUCGGCUAAAUUUCAGUUAAACAAAUAAAAAACAAAACGCAUUCAUACCGCAGAAAUCCUAUUUGACUGAGCUUCUACUUUAGUCACCGGAAAUAAGUUGUUUGAAGCUAUCAGGCGAUGAAGUGAUGUUCGUUUCCGGUUUAAUAAAAACAAAUGGUAACCAGGGGAACAUUCGAACCGCUGUCAUCACAACAAAUGAAACGCACAACUGACAUGUCAAAAAAGUGUAAAAAAAAUUUAUUACUCUUCUUCGAUGUUUGUGUCAACUCGUUUGCAGGAUUCACCAGGAGUCGUCCUGUGGAACUCCUCUCACUUUACGUAAUUCAGGAUUUUUGUUUAAUCGUGUCUCUCACGAUUCUCCUCGUUAAUUUCUUUGGAACUUAUAUUUUCCAGGCAGGGCUGAUACAGCUGCUGUAUUUUCGUUUUCGAACAACCCUCAUUUUAUGCGUCAUCUACAUAGUAUUAAAUAUCAGUCUUCAUAUCUGGCAUAUGACUAUUCACUGGCAACAACCACUGAUCCAUUACUGGACAAAGGGAUUCCACUCACUGUACGCCGUUCACAGAAUAGUUGCAGUGCUGUAUUAUUAUUUCUACAAAAGAGCUGCCUUCAAAAUUGGAGAUCCAAGAUUUUACGAAGGAUCAAAAUGGGUGGAAAAGCAAUUAAAUUUCGCGUAAAUAUUUGUACUAAUCACUUUAAUACUUAGAAUAUACAAUAUAAAACAAUAGCG